GAGAGAGAGAAGCGCGCCGCGCAGGGAAGGGGCGGCCAGAGGGAGAGCUGAGUCCGGCGCGCAACACGGCCGCUCCGCUCCUGCAAGUCCCGCGUCGAGCUUCCUCGGGAUCUAAGAACGGGUGCUUUGGGAAACUAGCCAACCCACCUAAAAAAGAAAAUGAGGAAACACCGGCAUUUGCCUUUCGCAACCAUCUUUUGUCUUUUACUCUCAGGCUACCAUAAUGCUGAUGCCCAGCAGCAAGGAGCUGAUGUGAAAAUCGGUGCUGCUGCUGAUAUAAUAUUUCUAGUGGAUUCUUCUUGGAGCAUUGGAAAGGAGCGUUUCCAACUUGUUCGGGAGUUUCUGUAUGAUGUUGUAAAACAAUUAGAUGUGGGUGGAAACGAUUUUCGGUUUGGUCUGGUCCAGUUCAGCGGAAACCCACACACAGAAUUCCAGUUAAACACAUACCAUACUGUACAAGAUGUCCUCUCCCAUAUUUCACACAUGCCUUAUAUGGGGGGAGGAACCAAGACCGGAGAAGGAUUAGAGUUUCUAAUUCGGAACCAUCUUUCCAAAGCUGCUGGAAGCAGGGUGAGCGAUGGCGCCCCCCAGGUUAUUAUAGUGUUAACGGAUGGACGGUCCCAAGAUGACGUGGCUCUGCCGUCAUCUGUUCUUAAAUCUGCCGAUGUAAACAUGUUUGCCAUUGGAGUGCAGGACGCAGUGGAAGGGGAACUGGAGGAAAUAGCGAGCGAGCCCCUUGACAUGCACUUGUUCAACCUAGCGAACUUUACUGCUCUCCACGGCAUUGUAGGAGACUUAGUUGCAAGUAUUCGCUCAUCUAUGACUCCAGAAAUGGCUGGAGCAAAAGGAGUGAUUAAAGACACCACAGCACAAGAAUCUGCUGACAUUAUUUUCCUUAUUGACGGAUCAAACAACAUCGGCACUGUCGCUAUCGCAGCCAUUCGUGAUUUCCUUGCAAAUUUUAUUGAAAAACUCUCAGUUGGAGCUGAGCACAUACGCGUUGGGGUAGUGACGUAUAGUGACCAACCCAGAACUGCAUUCUUCUUGAACAGCUACACCCAAAAAGCUGACAUUUUAAAUGCAGUGAAGGCCCUUAGCCUGCCGGGUGGCCAGGAAACGAAUAUCGGGGAAGCCCUUGAGCAUGUGGUGCAGAACCACUUCACCCGGUCAGGAGGCAGCAGGAUAGAGGAGGGUGUCCCGCAGAUCUUAGUGCUGAUAAGUGGCAGUGAGUCUAGCGAUGACCUUAGAGAGGGGAUUUUGGCCAUAAAGAAAGCAAGUAUAUUUUCAUUUAGCAUUGGGGUUGAGAAUGCUGACAAUGUAGAGCUUCAGCAAAUUGCUACUGACGGAAGCUUCGUGUAUACUGCCCUGGACACAAGUAACCUUGGCGAACUUCAAGAUCUCUUACUGCCAAACAUUGUUGGAGUGGCCCAGAGGCUCAUUUUGUUAGAUGGCCCAACCAUGCUUACAGAAGUUGUUGAAGUCAACAGGAGGGACAUAGUCUUCCUGAUCGAUGGCACAGCAGCCUUGGGAGCUGCCCCUUUUAAUGCAAUUCGUGAUUUUGUGGCCAAAAUCAUCCAGAAACUGGAAAUUGGACCGGACCUUGUUCAAGUUGCAGUGGCACAAUAUGCAGAUACUGUAAGACCCGAGUUCUAUUUCAAUAGCUUCCAGAACAGAAAAGAUGUCCUUGCAAAUGUCAGGAAAAUAAAGCCAAUGGGUGGUGCUGCCCUCAACACAGGCUCUGCACUCAGGUAUGUGAAAGACAACUUAUUCACCAGCGCUGCUGGAAGCAGGAUCAGUGAAGGCAUACCAUCAAUGCUGGUCCUUAUUACUGGCGGAAAGUCCCAAGACGAUGUUGCCGAACCAGCACAGGAAGUGAAAAGGAAUCGCAUAUUCAUCCUUGCUGUUGGGUCCCGAAAAGCAGAUCGUGCAGAACUAGAACAAAUUGCCUACGAACCAACCCUGGUAUUCAAUCCUCCCGAGUUCCGCACACCUGUCCUGGUAAAUACUCUCAAUGAUAUCUUGUCACCUCUAAAGACACUCUCCGGAUGGAUUGAAGUAACACCAAGUGGAAAAGUUCUGUUAAAUAAAAGGGAUAUCAUCUUUCUUUUGGAUGGAUCAGCCAGCGUUGGAAAUGCCAACUUCCCCUUGGUCCGUGACUUUGUUAUGAGCCUAGUUGGCUCCCUUGAUGUUGGAAUUGAUGAUAUACGAAUCGGCCUAGUGCAAUUUAGUGAGAAUCCGAAAACAGAAUUCUUUUUAAACACUUUCCUAACCAAGGCAGAGGUACUCAAUCAUCUAAGGCUGUUGAGACUCCAUGGGGGAUCAGUACUGAAUACUGGCGCUGCACUAGACUUUGUUCGUGAAAAUCAUUUCACCGAAGCCGGUGGGAGCAGGAUAGAUGAAAGCGUUCCUCAGGUUCUAGUCUACCUUGCGGCAGGGCGAUCUGUCGAUUCAUUCGAACAGGCUGCCCAUGCUUUAGCUCGUGCAGGAGUGAUGACCUUCUGCGUUGGUGUUAAAGAUGCUGAUCUUACAGAACUUCAGCGGAUUGCAUACAAUCCACAAAUGGUAUUUCUUAAGGAUGAAUUCAGUUCUCUGGCAAACGUACCACAGGAAAUGAUUGGUCAAUUAACAACAUAUUAUGUUGAAGAAUCAGCAGAAAACAAGUUUGAUAUCUUGUUCUUGAUUGAUGGCUCAGCCAACAUUGCGGGUCAGUUUGUUGCUGUCCGGGACUUUUUGCACCGGAUUAUUACUGACCUGAAUGUGGGUCCUGACGCCAUACGUGUAGCUGUGGCUCAGUUUAGUGAUAACGUGCAACUUGAGUUCAACUUUGAAGACAUCCCAAACAAGCAAGACAUCCUUCAGAAAGUGAAAAGAAUGAAGAUGAAAUCAGGGAGGUUGCUCAACAUUGGUGCUGCGUUAGAUUAUGCCGCGAAGGAAAUAUUUGUGAAGAGCGCUGGGAGCAGGAUUGAGGACGGAGUGCCACAGCUGCUUAUGCUCCUUGCUGCUGGGAGAUCAAGUGAUAACGUGGAUCGCCCUGCUGAUGUUCUGAAACAAACUGGAAUUAUUCCUUUUGCUAUCAAAUCCAGGACUGCAGAUCGUAGCGAAUUAGAAAAGAUAGCUUUCGACCCUCAAUUUGUGCUAAUUGCUGACUCCCUUUCCAAAAUUGGAGACCUACAGCUUCAAAUAGGCAGUCUGCUGAAAGCCAUUCCAUCUCAGCCAUCAGCUGAUGAAACUCAGAAGAAGGAUGUUGUGUUUCUGAUAGACGGUUCAGAUGGCAUCCGAAGCAUUUUCCCAGAGGUGAAGUCCUUUGUGCAAGGUUUGGUCGACACUUUGGACAUUGGUCCCGACAAAGUCCAGGUGGCCGUGGCCCAGUACAGCAAUCGUGUGCAGCCGGAGUUCCUUCUGAAUCGCUACCAAGACAAGGCGGACGUGAUCAGGGCCGUCCAGAGAUUGUCUGCCAUGGGAGGCCCUUCCCUUUAUACAGGGGCUGCCCUUAACUACCUGAUGAGCAAUGUAUUCACCAGCCAGGCUGGAAGCAGGUUGUCUGAAGGGGUCCCGCAGUUAUUGAUCCUGCUGACUGCGGAAAAGUCAAGCGAUGAUGUCACAAGGCCUGCCGUGGAUCUCAAGAGGAGGGGUGCAGUGCCGUUUGGCAUUGGGAUCAGAAAUGCAGAUCCUGCUGAGCUGCAGACCAUUUCUUUCGUUCCUCAGUUUGCGACCCUUGUCCCAGGUGUUGCUCAGUUGGGCUCCUUCAAACAAACGCUUUCACGAACAGUGUCUGAGUUGACCGGGCCAAAAAUAACCGCUUUGGCCACAGCACUUCCUAGCCCAGUGGAUGAGAGGAGAGAUGUUGUGUUCCUGAUUGACGGCUCCCAGUUUGCAGCUACUGAAUUUCCUUCAGUUGUUGAGUUUAUUGAGAGACUUGUAAGCAACAUGAAUGUGGGCUCUGCUGCUACUCGGGUGGCUGUGAUUCAGUUCAGCAAUGACCCCAGGGUUGAAUUUCUGCUGAAUGCACAUUCCACCAAGGAUGAGGUACAAGCUGCAGUGAGAAGACUCAAACCCAAAGGAGGGAGGCAAGUGAACCUUGGAUCUGCCCUAGAAUAUGUGUCAAAGAACAUAUUUACGAGGCCCUCGGGAAGUCGCAUAGAAGAGGGUGCACCUCAGUUUUUAAUAAUUAUCUUUUCCCACCCAUCUGAUGAUGAUUUAGAGGAUCCUGUACUCCAAGUCAAGAGUGUUGGUGUGGCACCAUUUCCUAUUGGAGUGAACAUGGAUUAUGAGGAAAUGGUCAAAAUAGCUCUUAGCCCUCAGUAUGUGUUCCAGGUAUCAACCUAUCAGGAUCUUCCAAGUCUGGAACAGAAAUUGCUGGCCCCUGUUACAACACUAACUUCACAGCAGAUACAAAGCCUUAUUGGUGAGACAAGUCGUCCUAUAGAUAUUGAUAGUGAAGCAAAGGACAUUGUCUUUGUCAUCGACACUUCUAACAAUGUCAAGCGGGACGAUGCUGCUCACAUUCGAGACUUUAUUAUCCAGAUUGUCCAGAUGUUGGAAAUUGCACCAAGCAAAGUAAGAGUUGGUGUUGUCCAGUUCAGCAAUGAUGUAUUCCCUGAGUUCUACUUAAAAGAUCACAAAACAAGAGGUGCUGUCAUAGACCACCUUCGGCGCUUGCGGCACAGAGGAGGUGCUCCCCUGAAUGUUGGGAAAGCUUUGGAGUUUGUUAUGAAGAACUACUUUGUUAAAUCUGCAGGCAGUAGAAGAGAAGAUGGAGUCCCACAGCAUUUAGUUCUUUUGCUUGGGGGGAGAUCGGAGGAUGAUGUCAGCAGACCUGCUGCCAAGAUGCAGACAUCUGGGAUUAAAAGCCUGGGUGUAGGAUCAGGGAAUGCAGGCAAUGAAGAACUGCGAAUAAUUACCAAUGAUCCCCGAACUGUAUUUUUCGUGAGAGAGUUUACUGAGCUCCCAUCAAUAAGGACAAGGUUUUAUGCAUCAUUUGAGGCACCUCAAGAACCGACACUCACGCCGCCUGACGUUUUCCCUGAUGGCAAAAAACAAGCAGACGUUGUCUUUUUGCUGGAUGGCUCCAUCAACUUUGGGAAAGACAAUUUCCAACAAGUGAUUGACUUUGUAUAUGGCAUCAUUGACGCUAUUUAUGAAGAAGGCGAUUCCAUUAAUGUUGCCUUAGUGCAGUACAACUCAGAUGUGAGUGACGAAUUCUUUCUGAAGGAUUUCUCCAGCAAAGACCAGAUCUUAGAUGCUGUCGAGAAAGUAACAUACAAAGGAGGCCGAGUUGCUGAUACAGGAGCGGCCAUCAAGCAUAUCCAAGCAAAACAUUUUGUGAAGGAGGCUGGCAGCAGGGCAGACCAGAAGGUCCCUCAGAUUGCAUUUAUUAUAACAGGAGGCAAGCCAGAAGACGAUGGGCAGGCAGCUUCCUUAGCACUGGCACGGUCAGGUGUCAAGGUGUUUGCAGUUGGAGUCAAAAACAUUGACCUUGGCGAAGUUACCAAACUCUCCAGUGACGGCACCACAGCUUUCCGGGCAGCAACGGCACAGGAACUCUCAGAGUUGAAUGAGGCUGUGCUGGUUACGUUGAGUGAUACCAUGAGAGAGCAGCUGUGCAGACCAGUGGGGGCAGUCUCAAAAGAUUGUGAUCUGGAUGUUAUACUCGGAUUUGAUGUAUCAGAUGUUGGACCAGGGCAAAGUAUAUUUGCUUCGCAGAAGGUGCUGGAGUCAAAGGUCAAUCACAUUCUGAACACGAUUACUCAGCUGCAGAAAAUCAGCUGCACUGCCAACCAGGCCCCUUCGACGCGGGUGGCUCUCCUGGCGCAGACACGCUCUGGAGUCGUGGAAGCGUUCGACUUUUCUGAGUACCAGCCGGAGUUGUUUGAAAAGUUCCAAGCUUUGCACAGUGGUGGUCCAUAUGUCCUAACUGCAGAGACACUCAAAUCUUACCAGAACAAAUUCAGAGCAUCUCCUGCUGGAACCGUGAAGGUUGUAAUACACUUAACUGAUGGCAUCGAUGGUGCUAGAGGGCAGCUAGCAGCUGCGUCUGAUGAUCUGAAGAGAGAAGGUGUCAAGGCUCUCAUUUUUGUUGGGUUGGAGCGAGCAGCAAAUUUCGAUGAUGUGAUGAAGCUGGAAUUUGGGCGUGGUUUUACUUAUAAUCGACCUCUUCGAGUGAAUCUGCAGGAUAUAGACUUUGAACUGGCAGAGCAACUAGACAACAUUGCAGAAAAGGCGUGCUGUGGUGUCCCAUGCAAAUGUUCAGGACAGAGGGGAGACAGAGGGCUGCCAGGGUCUAUUGGACCAAAGGGAGUUUCAGGGGAAAAUGGCUACAGAGGCUAUCCUGGAGAUGAAGGCGGACCAGGUGACCGUGGGCCUCCAGGUAUAAACGGAACUCAAGGAUUCCAAGGUUGUCCUGGUGAAAGAGGAACUAAGGGAAGUCGUGGAUUUCAAGGGGAAAAGGGUGAAUUGGGUGAGGCUGGCCUCGAUGGAAUAGAUGGGGAAGAAGGAGACAGAGGCCAUCCAGGUUCUCCUGGGGACAGGGGAGGCCCCGGCAGACGGGGUGGCAAAGGAGUCAAAGGAGAAAGAGGAGAGCGUGGCGACCGUGGAUUGCGAGGAGAUUCGGGCACCCCAGGACCCGAUGUCAUUCAGCCAGGAGCUAAAGGGCAAAAGGGUGAACUUGGACAAUCGGGGGAACCUGGAAGAGAUGGACCAGCGGGUGCCCCAGGAGGACCUGGAAGAAAUGGAGAACAGGGCAGAAGAGGACCUCCAGGGAUCAAAGGAAACAGAGGUCCACCAGGAACAGCAGGAUCUGUGGGAGAACCAGGUCCAAGAGGACCACAGGGAGCGCCUGGCACCAUUGGAACUCCAGGUCUUCGAGGAGAGCAAGGCCUGCCUGGUCCAAGGGGCGGUGGAGGCCCCCCGGGAACCUCUGGGGAGCGCGGCCGGCUGGGUCCUCUUGGUAAAAAGGGUGAACCUGGCAAUCCUGGUCCAAAGGGUCCCAACGGUCCCCCUGGGCCCCGAGGAGAGACGGGAGAUGAUGGACGAGAUGGAGUUGGCAGGGCAGGAGCUAAAGGCAGAAAGGGAGAGCCUGGUUUCCCAGGAUAUCCAGGAAUAAGGGGUGCGCCUGGAGAUAACGGUGGCGUUGGAGAUCCUGGCCCCAAAGGAAGCAGAGGUCUCAGGGGAAGUGCAGGAGCACCUGGCAUACGAGGCCAAAAAGGAGAGAAUGGAUAUUCAGGGCCAGAGGGACUCAAGGGUGACAGAGGAGAAGCAAGAGACCAAUGCACACUUGUACGCAACAUCAAAGAUAAAUGCCCCUGCUGUUAUGGUCCCAGGGAAUGUCCAGUUUACCCCACGGAACUGGCAUUUGCUAUAGAUACCGCCACUGGGGGAAGCGCAGACAUUUUCAACAGAACAAAGCAAGCAGUGUUGUCAAUUGUUAACAAUCUCACAAUUGCUGAAAGCAACUGUCCCAGGGGUGCCCGGGUUGCGUUAGUUACCUAUAACAGCGAAGUCACCACUGAGAUCCGUUUUGCUGACUCCCGAAGGAAAGCAAAUCUCAUCAAACAGAUCCAAGAGCUCCAAAUGCCACAGACAUCAAAACAGCGGAGCUUAGAAACGGCCAUGUCUUUUGUGGCCAGGAAUACCUUCAAACGCGCCCGCAGUGGGUUCCUCAUGCGGAAGGUGGCUGUUUUCUUCAGCAAUGGGCCAACAAGAGCAUCUGCACAACUUAACGAUGCUGUCAUGAAAUUAUAUGAUGCGGGAGUUGUGCCUGUGUUCCUUACCUCCAGAGAGGACAGGGCCCUCAUAAAUGCACUGCAGAUCAACAAUACUGGUGGGCAAGCCGUCGUAUUUUCUGGCAACAGGGAUCAACUGAACCAAAUUAUUAGGAGAGUAAUAACGUGCCAUGUUUGUCUAGAUGUAUGUGAUCCUGAUUCUAGCUGUGGUCCCACAAGACCUUUUACCAGAGACAGACGGGCUGCUCCUACAGAUGUUGACAUUGAUAUAGCAUUCAUUCUAGAUAGCUCUGAAAGCACCACCCAUCUGCAAUUCAGAGAGAUGAAGAACUACAUUUCAUAUGUAGUAAGCCAGCUGGAAACAAGCUCUGAGCCCAAGGUAUCCCGGCACCAUGCCAGGGUGGCUGUCAUCCAACAUGCUCCCUAUGAGUUUGAAUCAAACUCAAGCACAUCUCCCGUCCAAGUGGAGUUGUCGCUGACAGAUUACGGAUCCAAAGACAAGCUGGUGGAUUUCAUUAGCAACCAAAUGGCACAACUGUAUGGCACACGGGCUGUGGCGAGUGCAAUUGAAUAUACGACAAAACACAUCUUUGAGAGUGCACCAAAUCCUAGAGAUCUCAAAGUCAUAGUCUUGAUGAUGACUGGAGAGAUUAAAAGCAAAGAACUCGAACACCUUCAGAGAGUUAUUGUAGAAGCGAAAUGCAAAGGAUACUUCUUUGUCAUUGUGGGCAUUGGCAGGAAAGUUAACAUCAAGAGCAUCUACAGUCUGGCAAGUGAGCCCAACGAUGUCUUCUUCAAAUAUGUCGAUAAGCCCUCUGAGCUCCAUGAAGAGGCUUUGCUGCGCUUUGGGAACCUCUUGCCGUCUUUUAUUAGCAGUGAAAAUGCCUUUUACCUGUCUCCAGACAUCAGGAAACAAUGUGAUUGGUUUCAAGGUGAUCAGCCAGUCAAAAAAUUUGGCCAGAAAGAAGUAAAUAUUCCAAAUAAUGUUACCUCUACACCUACUACUACAAAAGAAAAACUGGAAGUGGUUAAGCACACAGGUGAAGUCCAAAUAACUGAUAUCACAGAAAACAGCGCUAAACUGCACUGGGUGAACCCUGAACCUCAACAUGUCUUUGCCUAUGACAUCACAAUCACCUCUGCACACGACCACUCUCUAGUCCUGAAGCUCAAUUUAACGGGCACUGAACGGGUCAUUGGAGGCCUUGGGAGUGGGCAGAAAUACAAUGUCUUUGUGACCGGCUACCACAAUGCACAGGCCAAAGCAACCUACAGAGGAACAUUUAGCACAAAGAGCAUGCCAUUGCCCAAGCUACCUGCAGCAGCUACAGCCAAUCUGAUGGUGAACACUGAGCCAUUGGAAGGACCGGAAACAGAUCCUUGCUUGCUGGACCUUGACAUGGGCACGCAGUGCAAGGAGUAUCAGGUUAAGUGGUUCUUUGACUUCAAAAACAAGAUCUGCACCCAGGUUUGGUAUGGUGGGUGUGGCGGUAACGCCAAUAGAUUUGAGACAGAAGCUGACUGCAUUAGCAGAUGCUUGAAGCCAUCAGAUGAAAGAGUCAUGCAGCUGCCUGUCCUUGAGAAAAGUCCCUUAUCAGGACAGAAAGUGCACAAGAAGAAGUUACGGAGGAAAUUACCCAGAAGGAAAUUGGAAAGCAGAGCAAAAAAGGUAGCAAGAGCAGCCACAGAUAUCUGUCAACUGAAAAAAGAAGAUGGGCCCUGCAGGAACUUUACCCUCAAGUGGUAUUUUGAUGUAAAUACCAAAAGUUGUGCUAGAUUCUGGUACGGUGGCUGUGGUGGAAACGAAAACAGAUUUGACACACAGAGAGACUGUGAAAAAGUCUGCAUUUCAGCUCCUGUCAAUCCUGGUGUUGUAACGACAAUAGGAACUUAAAUCACAGCGAAACAUCAACAUAUACCUCUAAGAGAACCAGGAGUCAGCCAUUGCCAACAUACCCCAUAAAAGCUAAGGGUAUAGACUACCUUGCACUGUGUUAUUUUUGCUUUACGUUCAAAGCAAAGCUUCAAGAAAGUGUUUUGCUACACAACUUUAUCAAUAUGGUGCUAAACUGUUCAUGGACUGAAUGCUAAAUAUGUCUGGGAUAUACUCUAUAAUUUCAACAUUAUGUAAUAUUUACCCACCACAGAUCUUAGUUGUUUGAACAAAUUACAGUUUCCUUUGGAUCCCAGUAUCCUGCCUGUUUUAGGCAAGGUAAAGACUAGAAAAUAAUGUGGGAAGGAAAUCACUGCAGCUGUUAUGUACUUGCUUCUUUCGUUUCCAUAACUGAGCAUAACUUUAGAUUGAAAGCCAUAUGCAGAAGGAGUAGCCAGUUCUGAAACACAAGCAGUCCAACUUUUCAUUCUGUUUUACUCUUGCUGGGUUAUACUAAUUCUUUUUAUGCAUAUGUGAUCAAAGAAAAAAUGCGAAUUUCUUAGUACAGAUGCACUGCUGGGACCAACGACUGAGUUAAAGAAUUUUUAAAACAUGGUGUAGAAUGUUUUUUGUUUUUGUUUUUUUGGCAAUCCUCUAAUGUUGUGUGUUCUAUUGAAAAAAGUAUUUUUUGGCAGGGGGUGGGAAUUUUAUUUUUAUUAUGAUUUUGUUUUUAGGAAAUCUAUACGAAAGAACUUUUAAAUAAAGUUUAAUUGUGGUUUUGAGAAUU